UCACUACCGACGGGUGGUUUGGGAAAUCUGAGAACAUCGUGUUUUUCUCGCUUCAAAAACUCAUGUCGGAACAUGAGCGACACCGGAUUUACGAUAUCCUCUACAGCGGGACCAUCGGCUAUGGGAAGAUUCUCAGUUACAUCAUGAAUUUGUAAUGCAAGAAUGGCAAAAGUGAAAGGAGGAAGUAGAUUCUUGCGCCUUUUGCAUUACAGAUUUUGGCGGACAGAUUGUUCUGGCGGUAUUUAGCGCAGCGAGAAGUUGGCAUGCGAAGAAGGCUUGAUCGUGUGACGAGUGAUAGUCUUUUUGCAUGACAAAUCAUGAGAGUGCAACGCCUGAGAACCGCAUAUCGGCCCGGCAAACCACCCGAUCCGGGUGUCGAGGUCCAGUGUGUCGCCCCGAAGACGGACCUGGAAGUCCUACUACGCCGCACCGAGCACGUAUGACACUGCACAACUCCCCCUCCCUCUCAUGUGUAUCGCAUGAACAGCAAUACAAACGCCAGCGACCCUGGAGCCCGUGCAUUGCAAAUUUAUGUGCCUACUGUAGUACUGUUUGGGUUUUCGAAAUUUCUCAUGCAAACAGAGCCACAGGGAAGCGAGAGCGACUGGAUUUGGGAUUUUGCAUGACAAGUGAGGGGGAGGGAAAGUUGUGCACUGUCAUAGCACGCCCGGGAACGUGACUACCCCGAUGGAGGGCUAUCCUGUGCAAAAGUAUCGUACUCAUACAAAUGCAAGUCUUGCAUUACAAAUCUUUUUUCCAAGGCAAAUAUGCAUUACAAAUGCUGAGGAAAUUUCAAUUUGCAAUGCAUUUAAAUCUAUACGAAUGCGAUACCUUUGCAAUGCAUAAGGGCUACGUCGAGCAGUGGAACUCUCUCGUAUCGCCUUCCGCUUCUUACCCAACGGAUUCUUACACAACUCGAGUAGGGAGCAGUAGUUCGACUGUGCCUCCCUCUGUUGAGAGCAGUAGUGGCACAAGAACUGCUGCAGCUGGAACAGGUUCUACUUCAUCCGCCCCAAGAAGUGCUAGUACAACGUCGCGCUACAUUAACGGUUGGGCAAUCCACGACAAGGUUUCGCUUGCGGGCAGCGUGGUCAAUCUCGAG